AUGGCAGAUCUCUUGACAGGGCCUAUUCGUGAAGGAAAUCGUGGAGGUCAUGGCCUUUUCCGAUGGGAAAAUGUCAAAGAAGACAAGUAUCGUGAAAAUUAUUUAGGUCAUUCACUUCGUGCUCCAGUUGGACGUUGGCAGAAGGGUCGGGAUCUUACAUGGUACACAAAGAAUAAAAAAGAGGUAUCUACGGCUUCUCUAUCUGCUCGAGAUGAAGAAAUUAAAUUAAUAAAACAAGCAGAAAAGGAUGCACUUGCUGAAGCAUUAGGUUUUAAGGUUGAAAAAACAACUGAAUCAAAUGAAAUAUCACAAGAUAUUGCAAAAGCAAUACAUCGUACGGAGAGAGAGGACGAAGAUAGUAGGAUAGGAACUGCUGUUAAGGCGGCAGAUACCGUUCAAGGGAUUGGAUUUCAAACGAUGACUCGACACUAUACACAACAGAAAGAAAAGCAAAAUGUAUUAGAUACAAGAAGACUUAAGCAAAAUGAACAUUUAUAUAUGGCUCGUCGGGAAGAUGAGCAGGAUUUGCCAGUGAGACGGGGAUCUCGUGAAGAUGCUAUCAGAUCUCAUUAUCAAUCUCGAUAUCGUAGUCGCUCUCCAAGUCGAAAUUGCAGCCGCUAUCGUAAUUACAAUCGACGUAUUUAA